UUAAAGAUGGCGGCGCCCUGUGCUCUGGUAGCAAGUUGCUGUUCGUUGGAUCCUGCUGUCAUUAUUUCACAAAUACUUGGACAAGAUGAACUCCCCCCAGAGCAGCAAGUCACAGACGGCAUCGUUGGAUACCCCUGGUCCAUAGAGAAUAAAUACUACACAGCAAAUGUACAGCUAUGCAGUACACCAGCAAAGACUAUAGGAGACGCUGAGUUUGCUGAGAGACUCGAAGCAGUCAUAAUUGUAUUUGACGACAAGGCGAGCAGUUUCGGGGCAGUUAAACAAUGGAUGCCCUUCAUCAACCAGCUCUCUCCUUCUUCUAGGAUUCUUGCUUGCCAGCAGUUCACAGCAAGUGCAGAGGUUUCUCGACACGAAGCUCAGCUUUGGUGCUUAGACAACUCGUUUGAGUUGGUAGAGCUGGAGCAAGCUGAAGAAGAUGCUGACGAAGAUGAAGAUGAAUAUGACAUUACUGGAAUGAAACGAAUCAUCUCGUCCCUUCAUGCUCACACGUGGUCCAACUUGGAGUUGAAAGAAAGCAGAGGAAUCUUCAGUAUGUUACAGUCUGAAAUGCUGGCAGGGAAUAGACGAGUUUCCGAUGACAAUUUAUCACUAAACUCUUUACCCGACGCUGACGUCCAACCGGGGGACUCCGCCAACACACACUUCAGAAUAAAUACAGAGACAUCUUCAGGCGAAGAAAACAUCGCACAGACUGUGACGUCAUCAUCUCAAAAUGGACUUGACGCUGUUGCUGCUAGUGGUGUCACGAGUGAGACGGGUGUGAAUAAAUUAACAGCUGCUGGGGAGUCUAUUUCAGCUGCGGAGAAUGCAGCGGAAAAGGAAAGAGGGACGACAUCAACACAUGGAAGAAUAGAUAGUCUACUGAACGAUGAUACGCAACUCUUCAGAGAGAUUGGCAGCGAAGACCCAGGGGGUGAAUCCUUUGAGGAAUUAUUCUCAAAAAUGGCGGCCAUGAAAGAGAGAGCGUCAGCCAUGACUGGGGAUGACAGGAAGAAGUAUGCGGAGCAGGUUGCGGUGGCAUUCUGGAGGGCUCUAGGAGGGGACGAGGAGGAGGUGGAUGGAUUAGCAGCUUCAAAAUAAAAGGUGCAAUGAUUAGCAAAAAAUAGCAAUGAUUAGCAAAAAUUAUUAGAAUUUUUUUUUGAGAAAUGACUAGCAAUGAUUUUGAAAAAAGAUCAGCAAUGGAAUUGGAAACAUUAUUAUCCUGGAAAAUGAUCAGCAGUGACUGAAAAAAAAAAAAGAUUAGCAAUGUUUUUUAAAAAUUCUUUUCAGUUUGACAGCUUGCUUUUAUUUUUAAACAUAGUAGAAAAUAUGUUGAAUAAUACUAGUUAUGACAC